AUGAUGGCCUCCAACAUCCUAUCACGGUUCCUCCCUCCGAACGGCUCGCCCUCGGUAUACGAGACCAUCCGACAACACGAUGCGGAUUCGGAUCUAGACGUGGAGGAACGAGGUGGACUAGAAUUCGAAGAUGGAGCGAGGCAACAAUAUACCGAUCAUGAGUUGGAGGAGGCCAUGGCCGAGGCGGAGAGAGAUGACAUGCCCAGCGAGAGCGAUGCGUUCCUGACACAAAGGAGCCCGCAAAGAACAUCCAGCGAGGGGCCGUCGAAAGCGGGCUCUCGCCGUCGCAAACCCAGCCGACCACGGUGGAUGCGAGGUGCGUCGCCACGUCAUGACCCGGAUGAUGGGGAUGACGAUGUCCCGGCAUCCCUACUGGUGGAAGGGCACGAUGACGAUGACCUGAAGUCCCGACUGCCGCCUCCGCCCAGCCCCCAUCACCUCCACGUACCAGAGCCCUUGGUCGCUGGACCCUCGUCUCGGGAUGACCGAGUUCACUGGGAUUCUGCCCGAGAACGGCUGCCGCUCCACGACGACCGGCGGAGACGUCGUCCUGGAGUGAUCUGGUCCCAGGGCCUUCCGAAUAUGGCGACUGUAGACCCCAAAGAGAAGGCCCUGUGGAUGUGGGCCAACGUAGAAAACCUGGACAAUUUCUUGAAAGACGUCUACUCGUAUUUUACCGGGAAUGGGAUUUGGUCUAUAUUGCUGAACCGUUUUCUGAACCUCUUAACCUUCGCGUUCAUCGUGGGAUUCGGGGUGUUCCUCACCAACUGCAUCGAUUAUCGCGAGUUUCGGGGAAGUAGACGACUAGACGACAUACUGAUCCAGAAAUGUACCAACAAGAUGUCCAUGUCGUCGACAUUUCUACUCUGGCUGUUGACACUAUUCUGGAUCGGCAAGGCAUUUCAGUAUCUCUUCGACCUCCGACGACUAAAGCAUAUGCAUGACUUUUUCCACUACUUGCUCGGAAUCACGGAUGCGGAAAUCCAAACGAUCUCGUGGCAGGAAGUCGUCAGCCGGCUGAUGACCCUGCGCGACUCCAACCCAGCGACAGCUGGCACUGUGUCCGCCAAACACCGCAAGUACAUCGGCAGUCAGUCGAAACAGCGCAUGGACGCCCACGACAUUGCGAAUCGGCUGAUGCGCAAGGAGAAUUAUCUGAUUGCACUGAUCAACAAAGAUAUCCUAGACCUCACUCUGCCCAUUCCUUUCUUCAGGAAUCGCCCAUUGUUUUCGAGGACGCUGGAAUGGAACCUCAACCUUUGUGUGAUGGACUACGUGUUUGAUGAGCAGGGCCAGGUGCGGACUCUGUUCCUGAAAGACACCCAUCGUAAGGCCUUGGGCGAGGGCCUGCGACGACGGUUCAUCUUUGCGGGCAUCAUGAACGUCUUCGUCGCCCCGUUCAUCAUCGUCUAUUUCAUGAUCCAUUACUUUUUCCGCUACUUCAAUGAGUACAAGAAGAACCCGUCUCGGAUCGGAUCUCGCCAGUACACCGCGCUGGCCGAAUGGAAGUUCCGCGAGUUCAACGAGCUGUGGCAUCUGUUUGACCGCCGCAUCAACAUGUCCUAUCCGUUCGCCAACCGCUAUCUGGACCAGUUCCCCAAAGACAAGACCAUCCAGGCUGCCGGCUUUGUGGCCUUUGUCGCCGGUGCCUUGGCGUCUGUGCUGGCGCUGGCGUCCCUGGUGGACCCGGAGCUGUUCCUAGGCUUUGAGAUCACGCCGGACCGGACGGUGCUCUUCUAUCUGGGUAUCUUUGGGUCCGUCUGGGCCGUCGCCAACGGGCUGGUCCCCGAAGAGACCAACGUGUUUGACCCCGAGUUUGCCCUAUCGGAGGUGAUCGAUUUUACGCACUACUGCCCCAGUCACUGGAAAGGCCGGCUACACAGUGACGACGUGCGCAAAGAGUUUGCCGCGUUGUUCCAGAUGAAGAUUGUCAGCUUCGCAGAGGAGAUCCUGAGUCUGAUCUUCACGCCGUUUAUCCUCUGGUUCAGCUUGCCCAAGUCCAGUGACCGGCUCAUUGACUUUUUCCGGGAGUUCACGGUGCACGUGGACGGGAUGGGGUACCUGUGCUCCUUCGCGGUGUUCGACUUCAAGAAGGGCACCAACGUGAUCCCCCAGGGACCCCCAGGGGUGCGAGGGGGACCCGACCUUCGCGGAGACUACUACUCGACCAAGGACGGCAAGAUGCUGGCGUCGUACUACGGGUUUCUAGACAACUACGGGGCCAAUAACCGUGGCGGUCACCCAGCCACCCGACGCCAGUUUCACCCACCCCCGGCGUUUCCAACCCUAGGAACGCCGUCGAUGGCUGACAUGGGUCACUGGGGGGAGCGGCCAGACCCCGCGCGGAUGCGCCACACGCCCCCCGGCGGUGCUCAGUCAUACCUAGGACCGCGCGCGGGGCCCUCGGGGGUGGGUGACCACGCGUCUCCGGCGCCAUCCAUUCUCCUCGACCCGCACCACCAGCCCUCUGCGUCCGGGUUCCGGUCCUCCCACCGCCCUGGGGUUUAUUCGCGGUAUCGUCCCGCGCGCGCGGCGCCGACAGUGUCGAGUCCCAUCGAGGAUGACGAUGAAUCCCCACCCGCGAGGGGCAGCGGGGGGUCUCCCCACCACAGGACGGGAUCCAGCGGGGGCGGGGUCGGCGCCAGCGGUAGCAAUCUGGGGGAGUCAUGGCGGGUGAACCUCAUGGGAGAGGAAACGCACGAGGGGGACGAAGGGGAGGAAGUCGAUGCGAUCACCGGCGGGGCAGGGGUAUUGGGACUGAUCCAGCAGUUCCAGAAGGUGAACAAAGACCACCGGGGACGGACGACCGUGGGUCUCUAA